AUGCUCUCUUCAGUCGCUUUCCUUAGCAGCCCAUUACUCCUCCCAUCCACAGAAUGGUCAGACUACCGCCGUCUCAUCACAAUCGGUCUUGGCUUUUCCAUGCUGGGUGAUUUCUUCCUUAUCCCCUCGCACCGUGAAUUCCACGGCCAGAAAAGCAAAACCCCAUCCGCCAAACCAGAUCCGAAAGGAAAAGUAUCUAUCUCUUUUCAACUCGGUAUUGUCGCCUUCGCGGCGGCUCAUAUAGCCUACACUAUAGCUUUCCUGAAGGAUUCCUCUCAGACCUCCUGGACGGCUUUUGCAACUACCUUUGUAGCUACUCUGGCUGCUGCAAAAUGGUUGGGUGUCAUAUAUCCUCCGCCGCAGUCUUCACUCCAGACAAAUGUACUGGACCUUGAAAUUGCUCCGGAUAUGAAGCCGGUGGUUUCUGCUUAUGCGGUUAUUAUUGCUGUUAUGUUCGCUGCUGCUACUGCUACCGCCCCGGUGGUCGUUCCGACUGACUGGUUCCACUCGCGAGCCCUGGGUGCGGCUAUGUUUGUUGUAAGCGAUCUUUUCGUUGCGAAGAAUGCCUUUGGGAGAAACGCUGCGCCGAGGAGCAGGGGCUGCGUUGCGAUCUUCGUGGGCUAUGCGCUUUAUUUCUGGGCACAGAUGGUCAUCGCUGCAACAGUGCCAGCUUAA